AUGUCUUUCCGUGGGGACUGGUCCUUCCUGAGAGUGUGUCCAAAGCACAUCUCCGGCGACAGCCUCGCCGUCCCCCGAGAUCAAGACAAGACCCGGCCCCUGUCCACCCUAGCCAACCUGGCCAUCAUCAUCACAGAUGUCCAGGACAUGGACCCCAUCUUUAUCAACCUGCCUUAUAGCACCAACAUCUACGAGCAUUCUCCUCCGGGGACAACGGUGCGCAUCAUCACUGCCAUUGACCAGGAUAAAGGACGGCCCCGGGGGAUUGGCUACACCAUCGUCUCAGGGAACACCAACAGCAUCUUUGCCUUGGACUACAUCAGCGGAGCCCUGACCUUGAACGGGCUGCUGGACCGGGAGAACCCUCUGUACAGCCACGGCUUCAUCCUGACUGUGAAGGGCACGGAGCUACAUGACGACCGCACCCCAUCCGACGCCACCGUCACCACAACCUUCAACAUCCUGGUUAUUGACAUCAAUGACAAUGCCCCCGAGUUCAACAGCUCCGAGUACAGCGUGGCCAUCACAGAGCUGGCCCAGGUCGGCUUCGCCCUCCCGCUCUUCAUCCAGGUGGUGGACAAGGAUGAGAGUCCAGCUGGCCAGACUUGCACCGCACCAGCAGUGUCUGGAGUGGCAGAGACCAGGACCCGCAGGCAGGGCUCCGGAGUCAUCGCAGACCAGGCCUGA